AAGCGCUUGGAGGUCUGCAGGCCCAUCUGGAGAUCGAGCCACGAGACCUGGCAGAGGGUCGGAUGCGCGGUUUCUACCAGCCCUCGAGCCCAGAGCAAGCCCCUUGGCACUGCGAUGGAUUCGGAAGCCGGAGGCCGCACCGCCAGCGCGCUGUUCGCGGGCUUCCGGGCCUUGGGGCUUUUUAGCAACGACAUUCCACACGUGGUGCGCUUCAGUUCGCUGAAGCGUCGAUUCUAUGUGACGACCUGCGUGGGCAAGAGCUUCCAUACCUAUGACGUUCAGAAACUUAGUCUGGUUGCAGUAAGUAACUCUGUUCCACAGGAUAUAUGCUGUAUGGCAGCUGAUGGAAGGCUAGUAUUUGCUGCUUAUGGAAACAUUUUCUCUGCAUUUGCUCGUAAUAAAGAGGUGGUACAUACUUUUAAGGGUCAUAAGGCAGAAAUUCAUCUUUUGCAGCCCUUUGGGGAUCAUGUUAUUUCUGUUGAUAUUGACAGUGUUCUUAUUAUUUGGCACAUAUAUUCAGAAGAAGAAUACCUGCAGUUGACAUUUGAUAAGUCAGUAUUUAAAAUUUCUGCAAUUUUGCAUCCGAGUACCUACUUGAAUAAAAUACUUCUUGGCAGUGAACAAGGAAGUCUGCAGUUGUGGAAUGUAAAGUCCAAUAAACUCCUGUACACAUUUCCAGGAUGGAAAGUUGGAGUGACAGCUCUUCAACAGGCACCAGUUGUAGAUGUUGUUGCUGUUGGCCUUAUAUCAGGUCAGGUUUUUAUUCACAACAUUAAGUUUGAUGAAACAUUAAUGAAAUUUCGUCAAGACUGGGGACCUAUUACUUCCAUAUCAUUUCGCACAGAUGGUCAUCCAAUAAUGGCAGCUGCAAGCCCAUGUGGCCAUAUUGGACUCUGGGACCUAGAAGACAAAAAAUUAAUUAAUCAAAUGAGAAAUGCACAUUCUACAGCAAUUGCUGGGCUAACAUUUCUCCAUAGAGAACCACUUCUUGUUACAAAUGGUGCUGACAAUGCUCUCAGGAUAUGGAUAUUUGAUGGUCCCACAGGUGAAGGACGUCUUUUGAGAUUCAGAAUGGGACAUAGUGCUCCUCUUACCAGAAUCAGAUAUUAUGGACAAAAUGGACAACAAAUUCUUAGUGCAAGUCAAGAUGGAACUCUUCAGUCAUUUUCCACAUUACAUGAAAAAUUUAACAAAAGCUUGGGACAUGGAUUAAUAAAUAAAAAGAGAGUCAAACGUAAAGGACUUCAGAAUACCAUGUCAGUGAGACUUCCACCUAUCACUCAGUUUGUAGCUGAGGAAGCUCGGGAGAGUGACUGGGAUGGUAUAAUUGCUUGCCAUCAGGGUAAGCUGUCCUGCUCAACCUGGAAUUACCAAAGAUCUACAAUAGGGGCUCACUUUCUCAAGCCGAAAGAGCUAAAGAAAGAUGACAUAACUGCUACGGCAGUGGAUGUAACUUCUUGUGGAAACUUUGCUAUAAUUGGUCUCUCAUCAGGAGCUGUAGAUGUAUACAACAUGCAGUCUGGCAUACAUCGAGGAAGUUUUGGCAUGGAUCAAGCUCAUAAAGGUUCCGUUAGAGGUGUUGCAGUGGAUGGACUAAACCAGUUGAUGGUGACAACUGGUAGUGAAGGAUUACUCAAAUUCUGGAACUUUAAAAACAAAAUUUUAAUCCAUUCUAUGAGCCUCAGUUCAUCUCCAAAUAUAAUGUUGCUCCAUAGAGACAGUGGCAUUCUGGGACUUGCUUUGGAUGACUUCUCCAUUUGUGUUCUGGACAUAGAAACGAGGAAAAUUGUCAGAGAGUUUUCUGGACACCAAGGCCAAAUAAAUGACAUGGCUUUCAGUCCUGAUGGUCGUUGGUUAAUAAGUGCGUCAAUGGAUUGCUCCAUUAGAACUUGGGAUCUCCCAUCUGGCUGCCUUAUUGACAGCUUUUUAUUGGACUCUGCUCCUCUCAAUGUCACUAUGUCCCCAACUGGAGACUUUCUAGCCACUUCCCAUGUGGACCACCUUGGAAUUUAUCUAUGGUCCAACAUUUCCCUGUAUUCAGUUGUUUCAUUGCGGCCACUUCCUGUAGAUUAUGUUCCUUCAGUAGUAACACUACCUGGUACUUGUCAAACACAAGAUGUAGAAUUAUCAGAAGAAACUAUAGAACAAAAUGAUGAAAUGGUGACGUAUGAUUCCCCAGAACAACUCAACGAGCAGUUGGUGACAUUAUCACUUCUCCCUGAGUCACGGUGGAAAAACCUUCUUAAUCUGGAUGUUAUCAAGAAAAAGAAUAAACCAAAGGAACCACCCAAAGUACCCAAAUCAGCACCAUUUUUUAUCCCAACGGUUCCUGGUCUUGUGCCUAGAUAUGCUGCACCUGAGCAAAAUAGUGAUCCCCAACAGUCUAAAGUGGUAAAUAUUGGAUUUUUGGCUCAAAAAUCAGAUUUCUGCAUGAAACUUGAAGAAGGAUUGGUAAAUAAUGAAUAUAUGACUGCUUUUAACCUUCUGAAAGAAUUAGGCCCUUCAGGAAUUGAAACAGAGCUGCGAAGCUUGUCUCCUGAUUGUGGUGGGUCUGUAGAAGUCAUGCAGAGCUUCUUAAAAAUGAUCGGGAUGAUGUUGGAUAAAAAGCGUGAUUUUGAAUUAGCACAGGCAUACCUUGCAUUGUUUUUAAAGUUACACCUUAAAGUGCUUCCUUCAGAGCCAGUACUCCUAGAAGAAAUGACAGAGUUGUUACCACAGGUGGAAGAAAACUGGAUCCAUUUACAAUCACUCUUCAAUCAAAACAUGUGUGUUUUAAAUUAUAUAAAAAGUGCUUUGUUAUAAAAUUAGUCACUAAAUAAAUAAAAAAAACUUUUCAGUGAGUUCAAUUUAACACAUAUCUUGUUUUCCAUGUUUCAGUGUGAAAAAGUAAAUGUUAUAUUACUGACUAGUCAGUAAUUCUCCACUUUAAAUGCUAACUCCCUUCUGCAAAUGGAAUUACACCUCUCAUUUGUCUUAAAGAUUUAAAGAAUCUACUCAAAUAAAUUAUUUACCUAUUCUCUUUGCUUUAAUUACUUGUCUAUGACUUUUUUUGAAUUGUCAUCACCAAAUUAGGUUGUUUGAGAAGCUGAGCAUUUUGUGUCAGGAAUUGCUGAAUGAAAGCGAAGAUCAAACUGAUAUGUAGUAUACUUAGAAAAGUACUUUAAUGAUUUGAAGAGAAACAAAUGACCCCAAAACUUGCAAGCACUUUAGAUCUGAGGCCUACAGCAAGGGAGGGGCAAAGAGAGGGAUCAAAACAGGAAAGGGAAGAACAGAAGGGACUCUGGUGACAGUUCAUGGGUGAUACAGUGCUGGGAGAAUUCCCCGGGUUACACUUGAAGGGAAAAACCAAAUACUGUACAAAAAUCAACAACAAUGUAAGAAAAUAAAAAAAAAAAAAAAAAGGAAAACCACACACACACAAAGGGAUGUGUGUGUGUCCCCUUGUUUUUUGUCCUUUGAUGAAAACAUGGGUUAUUGACACUUAGAACUAACUACGUGUUUGACAUGGGCACUUCCUCUUGUUGCCGAGAAGGAAGCUGCUGAUGUCAACCUGGAUUUUUUAACACUGCCUUAGUGCUUUCUUUGUUGUAGCCUUUCUAUAAAGGGAGUUCUUUUAUUAGGAAUUUGAGAGGCACUUUUACAAGGCAAAUUGCUGUAGGAGACAAUUGAUUAGAUACCUAAGAGAGGUGAGGGAAAUUCCAAAUUACAUAGAUGGUAUUCUGAGGCUCUUCUUCCUCAAUGAUGACCUUUAUAUUUGGGAAAAAACUUCUGACUAUACGUUCUCUCACCACCAUUGCGAAACAAGAUAGCUCUGGGAAUUUCUCUAUUAUCAUUUCUCAAGCAUCUUCUCAUCUUUCAAGACUUCAGUAAUAUGAAUUAAAAAUAAGCAAUUCUUAAAAGUAGUGAUCUAGAAGUAGUUUAAUUUGUACACUCAAAAGUAGUAUCAUUCAUAAAAUGGUUGUAUUUAAAUGUCAAUACCUUGCUCAUUAGGGUCAGAUGAUUUUACACAACAAUCUCCAGAAUGAACAGUCUUCACAAGGAGUUGAUCAAUGAUGGUUUUAAAUGUGGAAGUGUUUUUAAUGGUGUAAAAUGGAAUUAGUGAACUAAGGAAUUAUCUGGUAUACUCUCAGUUUUGUUUUUCUUUUAGAAGUGUUAGAAACUUAAAGCCAUUUACUGGAUUGUUAACAGGCAAGUUCUAACUCUAAAAACUUUUUCUCUCUGCCCCAAAUACCAUAUUCUAAAGAAAUGCAAGAUUCUGAUAUACAAUCAUGUCCUAUGCAAAGUUUGUAAAUAACUAA